AUGGGCAAGAGAGCCUCAUCAACCACGUCGUCGACGGACUGGACACAGUUGCGUUUCGAUACGACGCCUCUCGAUCUGCGCACAUUCCUCCAGGCGCAUCGCGAGUCGCGUGUGCAGAGCCUUAUCGCAGAUGUCAGUGCGUUUGCCGUCAUAGCGGUGGAGUACUGGGAGCCAGACUGUUACCAAGACCUGUUGAGAUCAGCUCCCUGGUUGGGGGGCUUCAUGGUUGAAAAUGGGGAUCUUAAUCCAGCCUGCCGCGCUCUAGCCGUCAUGCCAAACUUGUGCACUCGGCUCCUGCUUCGGCUGGACGCUUUCAAGAAUUUGCUCGGAGAAAACAGUCCUUGCCCACACAUUGAUAUUGACAUUGAACCUUCCGACCUGGUGGAGCCACUCAUGGCUGUGAUGCGCUAUACUCGCUCUUCCGCACUCGGUCCUCUAUGGCGUGAGAUGCUGCACGACUACUCUGGAUUCGUAUGCAAGACCUCGACUUACCAGAUAUUCUCUACAAAGGUCGCAGAAUUCUGCCUUGAGGCUGGAUGCCCUGCUGUUACGCGCAGCCCUUCAGAAGACAUCUACUCACUCAGAAACCAUUUGUUUUCCACCGACUUGGCAGCUCGGGAAGCCGAGUUGCGCAAGGAGAUCGAGGAGCUACGAAGCGCGAACCGCUCACAGCAGCGAAUAAUCACGAAUCUGGCCUUUCGCCAUCUCCUGGAGAUGCUGCCCCCCCGGGAUGCGAAACCAGGGCCGAGUGCGACGGCGGCGUGGAAUGCUUUCUUCCAACACGCGUUGAAGGAGGCUCAGAUGCAGCUCGACCGAGGCGAGAAGGGCCACCCACUGAUUCCCAUCGAAAACGUGGGCACCAACCUCUACAGCACUCUCAGCACCAACAUCCACCACUUUUCGGGGCAGUACAAGGUCCUCGAUGAUCAAUGGAAUGCGCUUGAGGUCGAUAUAUUGAGGGCGAUGGCGCCUCUGGCUGAAAACGAGACGGAAGCAGGGAUCGACUGGAAGACGGAAAGAUUUCGCUACGGAGGCGGUACUUCGCAUGAAUAG